CAUGGCAACAUGGGCAGUGCUGAGAUAAUCAGUUCUACAAACCUUAUAAUUCUGCUAGAAGAUGAAAUUUUUGCCGAUUUUUUCAACACAUUUCUUUCUCUCCCAGUCUUUGGUCAGACACCAUUUUAUGCUGUUGAAAAUUCACAGUGGAGCUUGUGGCCAGAAUUACCUUAUGACUUGAUUGCAAAGUACAAAGGAUUAUUGACCUGGUUGGAAAAAUACCGGUUACCUUUCUUCUGUAAAACCAACUUGUGUUUCCAUUAUAUUCUCUGUCAGGAGCUCAUCAGUUUCAUUAAGUCCCCAGAAGGAGCCAAGAUGUUGAGAUGGAAAAAAGCAGACCAGUGGCUACUCCAGAAGUGCAUUGGUGGCGUCAGAGGGAUGUGGCGCUUCUGUACCUACCUCAAGGGCAGUACAGGUGAAGAGCUGGUGGAUUUCUGGAUCCUUGCUGAGAAGAUCUUGAGCAUAGAUGAGAUGGACCUGGAAAUGAGAGAUCACUAUCUGUCCCUCCUCCUUGUGCUGAAGGCUACCCAUUUACAGGAGGGCUCAAGAGUAGUGACUCUUUGCAACAUGAACAUCAAGUCCCUCCUGAACCUCUCCAUCUGGCAUCCGAACCAAUCAACCACCAGGAGGGAGAUCUUGAGCCACAUGCAGAAAGUAGCUCUGUUCAAACUUCAGAGCUAUUGGCUCCCCAACUUUUACACCCAUGCCAUGACGAUUAUGGCCAAAGUGGAAUCAUGCCAAGGCCUUCUGCAGGAAUAUGAGACUCGUCUGUACAGUAUUUGCUGUAGUCACAUAGGAGAACUCCCUCUAAACAUGAGCAUCAAGAAGUGCCACCAACCCCAGAAGCGGUACUCAAGCAAGAAGACCAAGAGGAGGAUGUGGCAGUUGAUAGACCAUGGCUUUAUACUGGAAAUAGAUACCAGGCCAGAAACCAACAUUAUGCUCCUCCAGGAUGCGUGUUCUCAGGAGAAAGACACAUACAAAUACAAACAUCCACAAAUGCCCUCCCCGAAAGUGAAUUCUUCAAAGGAGAGAAUAAUCAGUCCCCUGAAAAAGGAUAUUCUCUGUGUCAAGAAAUCCAGCAUGAAGAAGAAAUCUAAGAGCCACCUCCACAUGGAGGGCCUCUUUGAGACAGCGUUAUCUACACACCUGAGGACUGUCACCCCCAUCAUCAAUGACUGCCCGCAGAUGACAGUCAAGGAGGUCAUCAAGCAAAGCAUCUCCUUAGGGUACACCCACUGGGCUUUGUGUGCUGAUGGCUGUGCAGGGGGUCCCUUCCGGGACUACCUGAAAAAGCAGAAUUUGAAAGUGGAGAUCCAACUCCUAGACCUCUGGCAGGACCUGCACCAUUUCCUCAGUGUCCUGAUAAGUAACAGGAAGACUGGGAAUACUGUCUUUCAGCACAUGCUGGGCAACAGAAUAUGUGAACUCUACCUGAAUGAACAGAUUGGCCCAUGCCUACCACUAAGAUCCCAAACCAUUGAAGGCCUGAAGGAGAUGUUGCCUUCCGGGGAUGAAAACCCCUGGAUUCCCAGAGCCCAGAGGGAAAUCUGCAAGAUGCUCAGCCCCUGGUAUGAUGAAUUCUUGGAUGAAGAGGACUACUGGUUUCUCGUUUUUACAACUCAGACCAAGUUCGUCAGAGGUAAAUGGCAUAAAAAAGGAUCUAUAAGCAAAGAAGAGAACAUUCUUCUUUAUAAGAGGUGUGAGGAAGCCCUGGAGCUAAGCCAGGGUCUGGCUAACAUGGAAGAAAUGGAUUCUCUGCAGUGGCAAAAAAUAGCUACUGAGGACCUGACAAAAAGAGGGUCUCUUCAGGUAGAACUAAAGUCUCCAGUGUUUCAAGAAGACUUAGAGAAAAUGUCCUUUGGGGAACUCUGCUAUAAGUAUCCAAAGGUGGCUAUACAGAAGAUCAGUGAUGACUAUAAAAUAUAUUGUGAAAAAGCACCUAAAGUAG